CCAAACCCAAAACCAAACCCCAUCAUCUCCGCCGCCACGCCUUCUUCACUCUCAAAUCUCCAACUCCAACGAACACACAGAGGGAGGAAUCGGAUCGGAUUGGAUCCCAACCCACCCCGCGCCGCCGCUGCCGCGUCCCGUCCCGAAUCCUCCGGCGAGCCUGACGUCGGCCGAUGGGCGCAUCAGUGACUACUGGCUUGCAGAUGGCGGCGGCACGCCCUUGUAUCCCAGCUUGCCAACGCCUGCUAGGGUCAAGAGCAGCACUUCCUUCAUUUGGAAGGGCGCUUAGUACCCAAACUGGCUUCGCGAGCUGCAGAAAAACAGCAUCAGCAGGGCCGUUUGUUUCUCUGAACCACAAGAGGUUUGCCGUGAGGGCGAUGUCUGCCCAGGGACUCCCCAUUGAUCUCAGAGGUAAAAGAGCAUUUAUUGCUGGAGUUGCUGAUGAUAAUGGCUAUGGCUGGGCAAUAGCAAAAGCUCUUGCUGCAGCUGGUGCCGAGAUUCUUGUUGGUACAUGGGUACCUGCACUGAACAUAUUUGAGACAAGCUUGAGGCGUGGGAAGUUUGACGAAUCACGAAAGCUUCCUGAUGGAUCUCUUAUGGAGAUUACAAAAGUCUACCCAUUGGAUGCAGUUUUUGACUCUCCUGAGGAUGUUCCUGAUGAUGUUAAAGCAAACAAAAGGUAUGCUGGAUCUUCAAACUGGACUGUUAAGGAAGUUGCUGAAACUGUGAAGAAUGACUUUGGUACCAUUGACAUCCUCGUACACUCUCUUGCAAAUGGUCCUGAGGUAAAAAACUCUUUGCUGGAGACAUCAAGAAAAGGGUAUCUUGCUGCAGUUUCAGCAUCUAGUUACUCUUUCAUCUCUUUACUCCAACACUUCCUUCCUAUAAUGAAUCCAGGGGGUGCUACUAUAUCCUUGACCUACAUAGCUUCCGAAAGGACAAUUCCUGGAUACGGUGGCGGCAUGAGCUCAGCAAAAGCAGCACUUGAGAGUGAUACAAGAGUUCUAGCUUACGAAGCAGGUCGAAAAGGCAAGAUCAGAGUGAAUACCAUAUCAGCAGGUCCAUUGGGAAGUCGAGCAGCCAAAGCUAUUGGUUUCAUCGAGAAGAUGAUAGAGUAUUCGUACGUGAACGCACCACUGCAGAAGGAGCUCUUGGCAGAUGAAGUGGGGAACACAGCAGCAUUCUUAGCAUCGCCGUUGGCAUCUGCAAUCACUGGAUCAACUAUCUAUGUUGACAAUGGGCUCAAUACAAUGGGACUUGCACUUGACAGCCCUACACUAUCCACAUAGACGUGUAAACUAUUCUCCUGGAUGGUUCCGUUUGGUAGCAGAUGGUCAUUAGGCCCCAACUGAAGCUCAAAACCAGAUGCUGAUAUGAAAAUGAGGAAAGAUGGUAGUUUGAAGAUGCAGACUUUCUAGAAAGUUGAGUUACUGGGUUUUCUUCAUUUUGGUCUAUGCUAGCAAUGAGAAUUAGCAUUGUAGGAGUACAGUUUGUUGAUUGUUCUUAUGUUAGUCCUAGCCUCCUAGGAUCUGAUCUGAAGAAAGAGAAUAAUGGAAGUUAAAAAGAACAGGAAAUCGAAGUUCUGCCCAUUGCGUUGUUUGUUUUUCGUGUAGUGUUAUCUCUCACUCGGGUUUUAUAAAAGUUGUAAAAAUCUAUAGGUAUUAUAACGUGUGGUACAUGAUCACACAGGUUUUUAUUAUUAAGACCCUUGAUUAGAUU